AUGGGCCUGGACGACGCGACCGCGGAGGACUUCGACCUGCGUCUGCGGCUGCUGGGGCGGUCCUCGCACAUCUGGCUGGUGCGGGGGGAGUUCGACUGGGACAGUCAGACGCAGGCGCACGACGCGUGGCAGGUCUCCGCGGAGCGCACGGCGCUGUCGGCGGACGGGUGCAUGUCGCUGCAGAGCGGCAACAUCACGUUCCCGCUCAUGGAGGACCUCCAGCUCACGGGCGGCGCGCUCGUCGCCCCCGCGCGGACCCUCGCGGACCCCGGCCUGCGCGUGAUGCUCAAGGCCGACAACGGGAAGCUGCACUUCUCGCCGCAGCGCGCGGAGAUGCUCAUGCGCAUCGCGGACGAGCUGAGCGGCAAGAGGGCCGCGGCGGCCGCGCGCCCCGCGUGGCUGGACGCCUGCGACUGCGACGGGCCGCUCCUGGUGCUGCGGCGCUCGGAACUGGCGUCGCCGGUGCCGACGUGGGCGCCGAUGCACGCCGUGCUCGUCGGGAGCCAGCUGUUCUUCCUCGCGACGACCGCGGAGGGCAUGCUCGAGCUCCAGUUCCAGCACAGCGUCCGGUCGACGGCGCGCGUGUCGCCGUUGGCGCCGGGGUUCAGCGGCGGCGCGUCGCACGCGCUGGCGGUGCACAAGCCCGGCGUGGCGCUCGCGGCCGUGAUGGAGGACCCCGACGCGGUGGUCCUGCGCGCCCGCGACGCCAACGACCGCGAGCGCUGGCGCAGGGCGCUCCGCGCCGCACGGUCGUCGACGAUGGUGCGCGGGGAGGACGAGGUGCUCGCCGCGGUGGACCCGAGCGACUGGCUGCGCGGGCAGCUCGACAUUACCCGGGGCGUGGGGCUCGAGGACGUCGCGGGGGGCGCGAGGGCGCCGAGGCAGCGCAGGAAGAAGGCAAAGCAAAAGGGGAUGCUGCUGGGCGUGACGAUGGGCGUGGCGUCAAUCUCGCUGUACGGGCCGGCCAAGGUGCUCGGCGCGCCGGACGUGAAGCGCGCGAUCGCGCUGUCGGGCGCCCCCGGCGCCGCGAACGACCAGUUCGAGGCGGACCUUGAGCUCGAGGUUCCGGAGGUGCGCUACUUCCUCAUGUCUGCCAUCGGCGCGGCGGUGGACAUCCACGUGGACCCGCUGGCGGGGACGAAGAUCCGCGUGCUGGCGGACGCAUUGGCGGUCCGCAGCGAGCUCAUGCGCCUCGUGGGGUGCGACGACAAGUACCUGGCCUCGACACACCCCCCGGACCUGUUGAACAAGCGCAUCGAACAGCUGACCGCGCCCGCGGAAGUGCGCUCGCUGGCGGCCGUGCGGUCCGACAACUUCAAGCGCGACGAGUACCGCUGGGAGGACGCGGACUUGUGGGAGGACGCCCUGGACCUGACGCUGAAGCUGGCGCCGGUGCCGAUGCCGGGACAAGCGCCGCUCCCGCCGCCGCCGGAGGAGCCCCGCGCGAACAUGGACGUCGACGUCGUCCUCGGCACCUUCAUGCUCCGCGUCGAUCCCGUGUCCGGCGCAGCGACGCUCCUCCUCCUCGAGGCCCUGGGCGAGGCCGCGAAGGCAAGCAAGGUGGAUGCGCGAGCGCCGCCCCCGCUCUCGCCGCGCGCGAGCGUCGACCCGGUGCCCGCGCAGGCAGCGGCGCUGCGGGCGCGGGACCAGCCCGCCGCGGGGGAGAUGUUCAGCGCCAGCCAGAGCAUCGCGAUGCGGCGCACCACAACGCCGCUGCAGAAGGCGCCCGAGCUGGUGCUGCCGGGGGACCAGGGCGUGGAAGCGCAGCCGUCGCUGCGAUCGUUCGACGUGAGCUCGCCGUCGCUGAGCCCGCGCGCCGGCACGCUGUCGCCGCGGCCGUCCCUCGUCAGAGACAUUGGGGUCCUGGAGAGCAUGGUUGCGGAAACAGUGGGCCCGGUCGCGGAGGAGGCCGUGCGCGCGGGCGGCGCGGCGGUGGAGCGCGCGCAGAUGGUCGUGCGGCUCUCGCUGCGCCGCGGCAGCGUGUCCGCGGCCUACACGGGCCGCAACGCCCGCGACGUGGUCGAGGCCUCCCUUGGCGACUUUGAGCUGAAAAUGGAGACCCGGGCGCUGCAGAUGAGCAUGGCGCUGACCGUCGGGGACAUCUGCGUCGAGGACGGCGCGCUCCCGAAGGACCACGCGCACCGCAAGGCGCUGCGCGUCCCCGCGGGGAAGGGAGAACCCGUGGUGUCGGUCGAGUUCCAAACCGUGGCGGCGGGGCGCGCGGCGCGGCCGGCGCGGGUCGCGGACGACCGCGACCCCGCUGCGUCGGAGCGCGGCCGCGACGGCGGGGCGCGCGUGCCGCCGGGGCUGGCCUUCGUCCAAGUUGCCGCGCAGUUCCGCUCCACGGAGGUGAUCUACCUGGACCGCACGGUGCGCGAGGUGCUGACGUGGCAGAGCGGCGUCUUCUACUGCCUCGCGCAGGCCAAGGCCGCGGAGUGGCCGCCGCCGCCGCCCGCGCUCGUCCGCGGCGUGUCGCGCAGCCGUCUGAGUGUGUCGCGGCAACCGUCGGUGGAGCACCGCGCCUCCCGGCUGUCGCUGGCGGAGUCCCGCGCGUCAUCGAUGCGCGUGGCGCAGGGGCCGCCGAAGCAGCCGCCCGCCGCCGUGCUGCUCGACGUGGUGCUGCACUCCCCCCUGGUGACCCUCCCGAGGUGCACGGGGAGCCGGGACGCGGUCGUCGUCAACAUGGGCGUGCUGACGGCGACGAACCGCAUCCUCGAGUGCGCGGGGCCGUCGCGGUACAUCGACCAGAUGGACGUGACGGUGCGGCAGCUGGCGCUCAGCACGUGCAUGCGCGACGUGCCGUCGCGCAACAUGGUGAACGAAGAGAGCUUCGAGUGCCGACUGGACAUUCGCCGGCCGCUCGUACCGCACCCGGACGCCGCGGUGCGCGUCGCCGCGGACAUUGGCGGCCUGUCGGUGUUCGUGACGGACCGCCAGAUACGUUUCAUUAGUAUUGUGUCGCAAGGCAACUUCAAGGAGCCGCUGCGCGUCCCGAACGGCGCGCUCUUCAUCCCCGCCGCGCACAAGGUCGCUGCCGACGAGGCGCGCUCGCUGCGGCAGCGCAUGUCCUCGCACAUCCACAAGCGGCACCGCUCGUCGCUGACGGCGCCCCGCCUCGGUCUGUCGGCCGUCGCCGAGGAGACGGGGUCCGAGAUGGAGUCGGGCCGGCCGGCGGACGCGGGCGACGGCGGCGUGCAUGCCCUCGCCGCGGCCGCGCAGACCAGCACGCCCCUGGAGCUCGUGGUCGCUCUCGAGUCAGCGGACAUCAACUUGUACCGGCAGACGGGCACCAAGCGGGCGGGCGGGGCGCGCUGCGAGCUCCUCAGGCGGCGCCUGGAGGCCUCGCCCGUGCCUGGCGCGCUCCCGAUCGCCCGCCUCGUCGUCGGCAAGCUGCAAGUCACCUACAAGACGAGCGUGCUCGAGCAACACGUGUCGCUGCGGCUCCCGCAGCUGCGCGUCGAGGACGUCCGGCACGCCGGGCGCGGCAUGGUCAUGCUCUCGAGCGGCAUGAUCGGCGUCGGGGACGGCGCGGUGUCGAUGAGCGUCGCCAUGCCUGAUGGCGGGUCGAAGCGCGUCUCACGCGGGUCGCAGGCUCGGAUGGGCCGCACGUUCGGGGCGAGCUCGACGGGCUUCAGCGACGACGGCGCAAGCGUGCUGCGGACGCACCGCGCGUCGCUGGAUGUCGAGCCAGGGAGGAUGUCGGCAGGCACCGCUGAUUACAAGGCCGCGAUCGGCAGCGUGGGCGGGCUCGAGCCGUCGCUCCUGCAGCUCGACGCCAAGCUUCGCAAGGACGGCGACGUCCCCGCGCUCGACGUCACCAUGCGCCUGCAGCACCCGGCGAUCCUGGCGGAGAUGGAGUUCGUCGCCGCCAUGCUGGUGUGCUUCGUGCCUGGCGCGCUGGGACCGUCCAAGGUCGAUCUGCGGUCCUCGGAGCUCGACUUCGUCCUCUCAGCGGACGCCACGGCCGCCGGCGACCUCGUCCUGUCCCCCUUCGCGCGUCUCAUCACCGACCCGGCAGUCCCAGGACCCGCGGAGAUCGUGUACGACGGGGCAGGCACGCGGAUCGUGCUGCCGUCGCAGACGUCGCUGGCGGCGACGGCCACGGCCAUCGCGGGCCAGCAGAGCACGCAGCCGCAGCGCACGGGGGCGGAGGCGGCGAUCGUCAUCAGCGCGGGGCACGUCCUGCGUCUCAAGAACGUGACGGUCGUGAACGCGCCGGCGCUGCCGGCGCUGCUGUCCCUCGCGCCCGGCGCGCGGCUGCUGAUGGAGCCCGCGGACGGCGUCGAGCUGGACUGCGCGUCCCGGCCACUGACGCGGACAGAGGUGUUGCAGCUGGUGGCGCGGACGCCGGGGCUGGGCCACGCGCUCACGCCGGACGCGCUGCGCGAGGGCGACGUCGAGGUCGGGCGCGAUCAGACCGACGGCGGAUUCGUGACCGCGCCGGAGGGUGAGGCACUGCCGUUUUGGAUGUCGGCGGGGCUGAACCUUGACGAGAGCGGCGCGGGCGCGAGCUCGUCGGACGAGGACGACUUUUUGGUCGGCGACGACGGCGGCGAGGUGGAGCCGCUGUCACCGCUGUCGCCGAGCGCACGGGAGCUGGCGGCGAGCGCCACGGUCACGGACGUGAUCGGCCGCACGUGGCGCCACGCGACGUCGACGCGCGACGUCCUGGGCGCGGAUUUCCGCGCGACGGGCGACAGCCAGCGCUCGCUGAACACCGUCAUGAGCGGGGAAGAAGCCGGCCGUGGGCCCGGGACGAAGGUGACGUUCGAGGCGACCGCGCUGGGCCUGUGCGUGGCCCUCGUGGCUCACUCGGGGUCGCAAGACCCUGUCGCGUGCUCGGACACGGGCGCCGACGCGCGCGAGUACAUCCUGACGGGCAUGGUCAAGAUGGGGACGGACGCCGCGAUCCAGUUUGCGAUGGAGAGCGACGGCUCGUCCCGCGUCGCGGCGUCCCUGACCCACUUCAACGUCGGCUUCCAGCGCAACCUGUACGCGCACCUGCCCGCCGAGGCCGGGCGCGAGUUCGGCGCGGAGGCGCACGCGCUGCUGGGUGCCGGCGACGCCAUCGACCCCACGUCGAUCUCGGUGUCGGUCAAGCAGACCCCGGAGCGCCUCAUGUCUGACUGCUGCAUCGACCUCAAGCCCCUGUGGAUCAACCUGAGUCCGGACCUGGUCGUCAUCGUGUCCGAGGUGAUGGAGACCGCGCUGGCCGCCAUCGCCGCGCCCGGCCCGACCGAGCCGCUGAUGCUGUGCAACAAGUUCGCGCGCGUUGCGGUGCUGCGGGCCGUCGACGGCGCCGGCGCUGCCACGCUGGCGGCGUCCCGCAACCAGACGCCGCCCAUCUGCGUCAUUUGGAAGCCGCGCGUGCCUCGGGGGUACCGCGGCCUCGGCCACGUCGCGACCGCGGGCACCGCGGCGCCGUCCCGCCCCGUCACGACCGUGUCGGUCUGCGCGGGCAUCGCCGCUGACCCCGCGGGCUACAACUUGGUCUGGCCAGUGCCUGGGCGCGACGGAGCGCUCCCGGACUCCGAGGUGUACCUCUGGGAGCCGUUGCCUCCUCCGGGGUACGUCGGGAUCGGUAUGGUCGCAACGAAGACGCCGGUGGCGCCUGGGCCGAAGGAAGUGGCGGUAGUAAAGCGGGGGUAUGUCAGCACGCACGCCAAGACGUCGCUGCUGCUCGCGCGGUCGCGAUUCGCCGCGACGGCGGAGGGCAUGGACCAGGAGGCCGAGACGUUGCGGAAGCUGGAGGGCAGUCGUAGCGUCGUGGCGCAGAAACGCGUGGUGACGGCGAUGAGCACAGUGCGUGGCCGCGCAGCCCCGAAGCGCAUGGACUCGGCCAAAUCGCGGUGGAAGAAGGCGGCGUUCGCGACGAAGAUGCUGGGGCGGCUCCAGACGAUCGCCGCCGAGGGGAAGAGGUUCGAAGAGACGGACUGUGUGGACGCCAAGGGCAACCGAGUGCGGCUGGAGCUGUGGCCCGUGGAGAACAGCUGCUCGACGUUCGUGGCGCACGUCGCGCCCGUGCAGGGCGACACGCUCCUCGGGCCGCGCUGGAAGGCGUUCGACCUCAACACCCCCCUGGGGUGCACCCCGCAGUCGGUCUGGGCGGCGCUGCAGAACGCGCACACUGGCGCCAACGACCCGCUCGGGUCCGUCGCGCUCCCCGCCGCCGCCGACAACGUGCUCUUCCCCAUCUCCAAGGCGCCCGCGGACGCCAUGACGAUCUCGGCCGCCGAAGAGGACCGCGGUGCUUCCGCGGCGUCCUUGGCCGCGGCACCUGACGACAUCGACCAGACCUCCAAGAGCGUCCAGCGCGCCCUCUCGCGCAUCCGCCUCGCAGCGCAGCACGAGAAGCUCGCCACACCGCGCCCGCACGCCUCGGCGCACAGCUCCGUCGAGUCCGCCGGCGGCAUCAGCCUCGCGCAGAUCUACACUCCAACGGGCGACUACGAGCCCGUCUUCGUGCCGGACCGCGAGGCCGUCGCGCGGCACGGCUCGGACCUUGUGUCGUUCUGGCGGCCCGCGGCGCCCCCCGGGUGGGGCAUCGUCGGCGACUGCGUGGGCCCCAGAGACACGAUGGUUCCCCCCGAACAGGCAUACAUUCUGUCCUUCACGCUGCUGCGCCCGCCGAAGAACGGGCAGGCGCUGGCGGCUCGGCCCGCGGGGUUCCGGCUGGUGUACGGGCGCGGGGGCGGCGGCGGGCUGCACAUCUACGAGCCCGUGCCGUACCCUGGGUUUGUGCCGCUGGGGUGCGUGGCGAGCAAGGGGCCGAUGACGCGCGAGGACAAGCAGCGGCUGUUGCGCAAGGUGGUGUGCCUGUCGAACAAGCUGGUGCGCACGCUGGACGCGAGUUCGAGCGAGUCGGAGCCGAUCGAGACGCAGGUGCUGAAGAUGGACGACGACGACUCUGUGCGGCUGGUGAUCGCCGAGGCGGCGUGCCGCUCGUUCGCGCUGGACCCGAAGUACGUCCCGUCGGACGUGGUCGUCACGGCGCUGUACUGCCUGCGCCGCAACGCGUCGGAGAUCAUGCUCACGUGGUGCUCGAACUCGCGCAAAGGGCUGCGGCGGGCCAUCGCGCAGCCGAGCAGGCGGCACGGCGCGGACCCCGGCGCGCCGGACGACACCAAGGUCACGCGCUUCAAGCUCUCGUUCGACGGCAUCCAGACGAACCUGUGGGGCCCCAGCGGCACGCACUGGAUCAAGGCAGUCCUCCGGGGGAGUGAAUACUCCCUGAGCAUCCCGGCGCCCGGGCUGAUGCAGGCGAACGGGCGGCUGGAGGUCCACGUCAACGUGUUCAACAUCAACGCGAAGCAGUGGGAGCCGCUGCUGGAGCCGUGGGCGGUGUUCUUCGUGCUGCGGCGCAACGGGACCCGGGAGGAGUCGCGCGGGUUCGAGCCCGGGACGACGCUGAAGAUCCACGCGGACGGGAGCCAGGCGCAGGUGACGCUCGCGCACUCGACGCUGGCGUCGCUCACGGAGGCCCACGCGCGCAUGGAGGACUGGAAGCAGAAGACGAUCAUUCUGCAAACCUCGGACGAGAAAACGCGCGCGGAGCUGAUGUGGAGCAUGUACGGCAACCUCGCGGAGCACGCGUCGUCGAUGGCCGCGGACGACGGCGCGCGCAGCACCGCGCGUUCCGGCGCCGCGGCCGGCAACGCGAUCUCGGUGCUGGUGAGCAACCAGCUGGGAUCCGAUUUGGUGAUGCGGGUGGACCACGGGUACGGGCACAUCACGCAGACGGAGAUCCUGGAGGGCGCCGUCGAGGACGUGCCGUGCCCUACGGGCGUCGCCGCGCAGCCGCAGGUCCGGGGGGACUCGGACCUCGAUGUCAGACUGUACAUCUACGCGCACGUGCGCGGGUACCGCGCCGACCACGGCGGGAAGACCACGAGGAGCGACGCGGACGCCCCGGUCGGGCCCGCGACCGCCGGUCUCGGCCGCGACCCCGGCGUGUUCGUCACGGCGCGGGUGGCGUUGCAACAGUCCACCCCCGGGGGUCUCUCUCCCGCCCUGAGCGGGAUGUCCGAGCUCGCGGAGGGCGCGCGGCGGCAGCUCCUGCUCGGGAGCAAGUCGCCGAACGUGUCGCCUGUGCCGCACGGCGAGAUGGUGUGGCACACGGAGCCAACAGUGGCGCAGACCCGACCGCGGCCGUCGCCCUUCGCACCCGACGGGCCCGAGGGCGACGUGGCGUUUGGCGAAGUCCUCGUGCUCGACGCGCAGCUCCCUGUGCAGGAGGUCCUGGGCGUUCUCGCCGAGAGCGAGGGGGCGUGUGCCGACCCACAGUCGUUGUCGCUGUGUGUGGACCUGUGCCUCUGGGAGCACCCGGGGGGCGACGCCCGCCCGCACCUCAUUGGCAGCGCGCGCACGCCGCUGCCCGACCGCGCGCUCAGGGCCUGCGUCCUGUCCACGCUGGGCCUCCGCAAAGUGCCGCGCUCUGCCAGCGCGUUUGGUGUCGGAACCCUGCUCCUGACCGGUCCGACGGGGUCCGCUGCCGGCAUGCUGGGCUUCGGCGCCCAGGUCGACAUGGUCGCGCCCCGCCAGCGCAUGCUGUCGCUGCUGCGUCAGCAGAUGAGCGAGCUCAACGCGCGCCCGGGCGUCGUCGUCUCGGCGCUGACCGCGUCGGCCAACCGCGCGAUCUCGGCGCCAAAGCUCGCGGGAUCGACCAUCUGGGCCGUCCUCCCGAGUCUGCCGGGGCAGCGAUCGACCGCGACGAGUGCGUCGAUGGCCAAACAGCACGACCACGAGGACCAGACCGCUGUCAGCUCCCGCGCUUUGCUGCUCGGCAAGACGCCGAUCGUCGUCGACAGUCAGAUGCUUCCGGGCAGCCGCCGCGUGCUCGAGGUCGUCCGGUCGGCGUACAGGGUCACGAAUCGGCUGCCGUUUGCGGUGGAGCUCUUUGCGGACGUUGUGCACGAGGACGCGGGCGACGACGGGGUCCCGAUGACCCCGACCUCGCAGAUCGCGGCUGCGACUCAGUCGAGCCGGCGUUUCGCGGCCUCGGGGCACACGUCGUCGUCAGGGACCAACGCGACAGCGACGUCCGGACGCUUCGUUGCACCCAUGACCACGAACGAGGGCAACAUCCCGUCGAACGUCCGCAGCGUUGAGAUCGAGGUCCUCGAGAACCAGCGGUACAAGCCGUUCAAGGGCUGGGGCGGGAAGGGCCACCUCCUGCCCACCGACCGCCCCGCCUACACGCACCAGCACCCGGCGUCCAGCGACGACUUUCCGGACCCGCAGCCGCCGCGCGGCUGGUCGUGGGCCUCCGACUGGGCCGUGGACACGCGCGUUCGCGGCGUCGACGCCGACGGCUGGUUCUACGGGUUCGACUUCUUCACGUGCACGUGGCCGCCCAAGUACGCGCAGCGGUCGUCCGGUCCGGCGUCGUUCGUGCGGCGGCGGCGGUGGUACCGCAAGAUGACGCGGCUGGCGCUCGCCGGGGCCGGCGCGGAGAGCGGCGCCGUCGAGGGGCUGCCGCCCACGCCGGUCGGCGCGCCUCCGGGGGAGUCACAGAAGUGGACGCGCGUGGGUCGGCUCGGGCCGGGCGAGACCAUGCCGCUUGACGUCGACCUCGUCAACGGCGACACUGUCGCGCUGCUGACCAUGCGCCCGGUCCUCACGGACGAAUUCGAGGAACUCGGGGCUUCCUAUUCGUGGCCGAGGAUUGUCAAAGGGUCUUCGGACCUGGCCCUCGACCUGACCACGCUGGCGCCGGACAACCUGAUCGUCUUCGAGUCCGAGCGGGCGAUCGUCAGCGACGAUGGCUCGCCGGUGAAGGGCCCGCCCUCGGACCGCGUCCUGGAGGCGGGGGGCUCCUCCGGUAGAACCCUCGACUCCUCCACCGGGUCUGGCAAGUACAUGUCCGAGACGGAGCGCCUCCUGUGCGACAGCGGCCUACCGCCGCGGCUCUCCAUCCGCGUCCGCGCCGCAGGCAUCCCGCUGCCCAUGGAAACCGUGGUCGGCAGCGGUGCCACCAUGGACUGGCAUCUGGUGCUCGAGGAGCCGCUGAAGCUCCGCAACCUGCUGCCAAUCCCCUGCACGUUCGUCAUCGGCGCCCCCGGCACCGGCGAGCGCGACAUGCGGUACACCGUCGGCCCCAACGAGGUGGUGAGUGUGCAGGGCUUGAUGGUGAGCACUGCCAUCUCGGUGGUGUGCGAGCCGCGCGGGUACAGGUACGUCGACGACCCGUUCGUCAUCGGCACGCCCGCCGGGUCCAAGCCGAGCGUGGAUGCCCGCAGCGCGGGCGGAACGGUCACGGUUGUGAUGGACGUGCGGCAUGCGACGCUGGAGUCGCACCAGGCGAAGCUCGCGCUGCACUGGGAGGGCCCGCCGAAGACGUCACGGGCCGUGGACGGCUCGGACAGCACGAGCAAGAAGUACCGGGCUGCCUCGGACCUCGGGCGAGGGAGCAUGCAGCUUGCGUCGGGCGAGCUGGCGGUGUGGGCGCCGAUCGUGUUCGAGAACGUGCUGCCGGUGCGCGUGGACUUCGCGACCGUGCACUUCAAGGACAAGCGCCGGAAGGCGCUCGCGAAGGAGCGCGAGGCCGCGGCGCUCGCGCAGCAGAAGGCGGGCGCAUCUUCCAAGGACGACCCCGCCGGCGACGCCGCCGAAAACCUGGCCGUCGCGGCGGCGGGCACGGCGCCGAUGCGACUCACGACGCAGGCGAACGACUCGCUGGACUCGUGGGACCAGGACCAGAUCAAGCACCUGACCGCGCAGGGGUGUCGCGGGACAGUCCUCCCGGGGGGGUUCGCGAUGCUUGCGCUCCCGCCGCUGUCCGCCAAGGAGCAGCAGAAGGGGUACGACGUCGGCGUCGCGUUCCGCCUCCCGGGAUCGGAGUGGUCGUACCCGAUCGGCCUGGUGCAAGAGGGGCCGCGCCCCGGGGGACUCCCCAUGCGGCUCAUGGGGGCGGCGCGCGAGCUGGUCGCGCACGUCGUGCUGGGCGCGGCCGCGACGACGCGCUGCGGGUCGCCGACGUGGCAGCUCACGCUGUGGCCGGCCAUGCGGGUGUGGAACGCCACCGGCAUGCCCAUGACGGCGUGGUUCCGGUCCGGCCCGGACGACCCUGCGUCGAUGCGCGCCAAGGCCGACUCGCCCGCGCUGCUGCGGCUGCAUCCGACGCCCGAGCCGCACGCCGCGGUGUGGCGGCCGAAGGGCGAUGUGGGCGCGGUGCGGUUCCUGGCUGGGGUGCUGCGUGCGAGCGGCAACGCAGGCCCCGGGACGCCGCAGCACGAGGAAGCGGCGCGCGAGAACGACGACAUGCAGAAGCACUGGACGCUGCCGAUGCGGCUGUGCCAGGACACGAAGCCGCGGCACGUGACGAUCGACCUCUCGGAGUCGACGCUGGCAAACCUGGGCAGUGUGGACUACCAGACGGUCGCGACGGUGCUGUCGCGCGGCCCGCUGGCGCUCGAGGUGCACAUGGGCAUCGACACCGCGGGCGUCAUGCAGAUCCGCCUCACGGGCAUCAUGUCUUCGGGCCGGAACGUUCUCGUCAACGCCAGCCCCGUCAACCUGCUCUGCGAGUUCCAGGCCAUGUCCGACAGCCCGGGGGACUCCGGUAGAUCCAACUCGGCGGAGGUGCGCCUCGGCGCGUUCGAGGCCGUGUCGGUGCGCUGGGACGCUCCGAACGAGAACACGCACGCCGUGGUGUACGCGCGGGAAGCGGACGAGAAGUUCGAGCGCGCGGUCGCCAGGGGCGCGACUCACGCCGCCCGCACGAGCGUCGACGCGGCGCACGACGUUGCGCGCACGCGGCGGUUCGCGAUGGACUGCCGCAGCGGCGGAACGCUGCACUGCAUGGCAGUGCGCUGGUCGCCAAUGGCGCUCACGUCCUGGCGGGACCCCGUCACGGGCGCCGAGGCCGAACCCCCGGAGCCGUCCCCGACGAAGCAGGCGCCGCAGUCGCCAACGAAGCAGGGCCCGCAGUCCCCCAGGUCCCCCAAGUUCGAACCGUCGCCGUCGCGCAGGUCCUUCCGCGCGGACAGCUCGCGGCGCGCCGAAGCGCGGCCGCAGCCCAUGCACGGACUGCGGGUUCUGUGUCGGAAGCGUGUGCAGGACCGCGGCAUAUUCGGCCCCGAAGCCAGCAAGAUUUCGCCCGUCGACGUCCUGCUGCAUGAACUCCGGUUCGAGCCGCACCUGGCGCGCGUCGACGCCGCGCUGCCGUCCGACAAUGCGCUCAGCGACGAGGCCGUCGCGGCCGAGCACGAGCUCAGCGACGUCGCCGCGCCCUGGCUCGCGAUGUUGCGCGUCCAGUUCGAGCCCAACGACGUCGCGCUGUCCAUCAUCGACCACCGCUCGACCGAGCUCCUGCUGAUGACGUUCACGGGCCUGCGGCUGUCGUACACCACGGGGCUGGGCUUCCAGGGCAUGCGGCGCAUCCACGUGCGGCUGUCGGACCUGCAGAUCGACAACAUGUUGCCCGGCGCCCACUUCCCAGUCCUGCUGUUCGCGAAGCGGAGCACGUCGCUGCCGAUCUUCGAGGUCGUGCUCGCGGAGGAGACGGAGGUGGCGCAGGAGUCCUCGCGCUGGCCGGCGCUCAUCUUCAACUCGGGCGGCAAGCUCGUGCUGAAAGCCCACGAGACCCUGAUCUGGAGACUGUUCGAAAUGUUCCUGUCCGUGGCCGCCGUGCUGACGCGCAGCAAGGGCGCGACGGGCGACGACGGCCUGCAGGCCGCCGAGGCCGACCUCAUCGUCAGGGCGCGCUCGGACCCGUGGGUGACCGUCGGCCACCUGGCGCUCGGCGCCCAGAGCCUGCGCAUUGACUUCAAGCCAGACGAGGCCGUGCGCCCCGAGGCGCUGGUCAGCUCCGGGUACCUCGCGACCGUCCUGCCCGUCGUGUCGGGCUUCGCGAACCUCAGCCACCUGUGGGUGUCGUUCCUCGGCAUCGUCGAGUCGCCCGCCAUCAUGCGCAAGAGCCGCAUCUGCCCCGAGAUCCUGGACCGCGUCAAGGGGCAGCUCAUCGGGCAGUGGACGCGCGUGCUCAUGGCGUCGGCGUGGUCGACGGGGAUCUUCACGGCCAUCAACACCGGGCUCGCCGCCGCGUCGCUCGACUCGGGGUCCCAGUCGAUCGACUCGACGAUGGGCGACACGCUUGUCGAGGGCGUCGCGCGCGGGGCCAAGGCGGCCGCGAAGAGCACGUUCCGCGGCAUCACGGGCGUCUUCACGAAGCCCAUCGAGGGCCUGAAGCAGGAGGGCAAGGUCGGCUUCUUCAAGGGCGUGGGCAAGGGCCUGUUCGGGGUCGCGGCGCAGCCCAUCACAGGCAUCGCCGCUGGCGUCGUGCACUCGAUCGAGGGCGGCUGGAUGUCCCUGAAGUCGACGAUGGGCAACUUGCUCGGCGACGACAUGCCGGAUCCGCCCCAGGCACGCCUGCCACGCGCCGUGGGGCUCGACGGGCACGUCAUGCCGUUCGACCGCCGGGCCGCGGAGGGCCUCGCGCUGCUGCACUGCGUCACCGCGGACGACACCUUCAAGACGAAGCUGCGCACCAAGAUGCGCGUGUUCUCCAAGGAGGUGUGCGAGGCGAUCGGCGACACGAACCUGAUCCCGGCGCUGCUCACGGGGCGCACGGAGCAGCAGGCCGAGGCGGCGUCGACCGCGGCGGGCUCCCUCGUCCCCGAGAUCUACGUCGGGCACUGGUACGUGUCGCGCUCGAAGAUCCUCCUCGCGUCCACGAUGCAGCUCGUGCUCGUGCAUGCGCCCGCGGGCAUCGACUUCGUCACCUCCCGAAGCCCCCCGCCGCACGUCAAGAGGCCAAAGGCCCUGUACGCCGUCCCGUGGAGCGACGUGCUGCACAUCGAGACCAUGGGCUACACCCAAACAGGCGGCCGGGGAACUAUCUCGUCUGGCCGGACUGUGGGCCACAACGAAGCCGACGAGGAGGCCAUCGGCAGCGACGACGAGUUCGAGGAGCGAGAGAGCGUCGACUCCUCGGAUUCUCUGUCCUCGACACAAUCGUCCAUGUUCGCCGCACCGAGCAAGCAGUCCUCCGCAUCGGCCCUGGCCGCGCAGAAGGAGCGCCGCAGCAUCGAGGCCAGCGUGAGCCAGGUCGGACGGGCCAGGCGGGCGCCCAAGGCCAAGCCGGACGCCGCCCUGGCCAUCCACCUGAAAGGCUUCUCCAUGUCCGCGCCCGCGCGCUCGCGGCGCGGCAAGCGCGGCCUUUCGCCGUUCCUGCGCGUCGUGGACGUCAGGGGCACGGGCCCGAACGACAACUGCGUCGAGCUCGCACUGCAAAUACGCGCUGCGUUGCGCGAAGUGCAGUUGCGCGUGCAGGGCACCACGCUCGGGACGCUUCCCGUCCUGCAGCCCUCGCUCUCGCUCGGCAGCGGGGAUAUGGGACCCCCCCGCAUGUCGGGCGAGACCCCUGCGCCCCCGUCACCCGCGAGGCAGCUCGCGCCCCUGGGCCACCGCCGCGGCAUGAGCUUCGACCAGGACGCCGACCUGGACGGGUCGAGCGGCGCUCUGAUGUCCCCCGUCACUCCAGGCCGCAUGGAGCGGACCAACCGCAUCAUGCCCGCGUCCCGGCCGUCGCGGCUUCAAAUCCAAGUGGCACCCACCGUGCUGCGCAUCGUCUGCGCGGCCUUCAAGGAGCUCUGGUCGCCGCGCAAGGCUACCAUCGCAUCCGGGCCGAGCGGUCUGGGCAUGGCGCGCAAACCCAUCUUCGGGCUGGCCGUCUUCGCGCCGCGCCCGCCCGCGGGCUUCGUCGCGCUCGGGCACGUCUUCCAGCCGCCGGCCGACCCGCCGCCGACCACCGUGAUGGUCUACCGCGACGACGCGCUGUCCACGACGCUCCUCGGCGAGAGCGGCCGCACGAGACCCCGCCUGGCGCUGCCCCUGGAGUUCUUCCUGGUGUGGCGCGGACUGGGCGGACCGAACCACGCGCCGAUCUCGAUCUGGCGCGGCGUCCCGCCGCCAGGCUACGUGUCGGUCGGGGCGGUGGCGGUCGCGGGGAUGCACGAGCCUGACAUCAGCUGUGUCAGGUGCGUCCGGGAGGACCUCGCAGUCCCGUGCGGGCUGGUCGACGAGGGCAAGGGCGCGUGGAGCAGCGCGUCGACGCGCAAGGCCGACUGGCCGGUGUCGGUGUGGCGCGUGGACAACGAGGCGAAGACGUCGGUGGCUGUCAGGAGCAGGAAAGACCCCCCGUUCAAAAUGGCCUUCACCGUGGAGCUGGGCGACAGCUAG